AUGCCACAAGCUGAUCGUUAUCCGUCAUGGGUGGGAUUAGUUUACAUUUUCAACCUCAUCGUUGGAACCGGUGCAUUAACCCUCCCUGCGGCCUUUGCCGGGGCGGGUUGGUUAUUCAGCACCUUCAUGAUGAUGUUUCUAGCAUUUAUCAGUUUUGUAACUGUCACAUUUGUGAUAGAGAGCAUGGCAUGUGCUAAUGCGACUUUAACAAGAAAUAGGAUCCAGUCAGAUGAGUUAUAUGAGAACCGAAUAGAAGCACUGUCAGAUUCAGAACCUGAACCUGACCAUAGUAACGAAGAGACUGCAAUUCUAAGAGUACCACGGAGAUAUUCUUUGUACAAGUUAGACACAAAAGUAGAGUUAAGUGAAAUAGCCGCUCUAUAUUUAAACAAAUUUGGGCAUACUUUAUUUUUCUCUUCUCUUUGUAUAUACCUCUACGGAGAUCUAGCAAUAUAUACUGCAGCUUCUGGAAAAACGUUGGUCAAUUUAAUAUGCAACAACGGCAAUGAAACCGAAGAUUAUAGUACAACUUGUUUUCAAAAUUCUUCCUUUACUAAAAUAGAUAUGUAUAGAAUGUUUGUCACCACUUUUGCUUUAUUAGUGGGCCCUUUUGCCUACUUUAACGUACAAAAAACUAAGUAUUUACAGUUGUUUACUAUAUGUAUAAGAUGGCUCGCUUUUUUUAUUAUGGUAACUUUAGCUAGCAUUAGGCUGGCUAAACUUGGACCACAAGGUCAUCCUGAUUUAAUAGACUUAAAAGAAGUACCUGCCUUAGCAGGUAGUACUGUGUAUAGCUUUAUGUGUCAUCAUUCUCUUCCUAGUUUGAUGUCUCCUAUUUCUGACAAAGAUAAAAUCGUAAAGAAAGUUAGUUACGAUUUUUUUGCUAUAUUUUCGUUUUAUUUAUUAUUAGCUUUAACAGGUUCCUUUGCAUUUGCAACUUUAAAAGAUUUGUACUCUCUUAAUUUUAUAUACAGUAAUGAUUCUAAUUUUAUAACGAAAAUAAUUGGUUUCUUCUUAGUAUCAUUUCCUCUGUUCCCAAUGUCAACAAGUUUUCCAAUCAUAGCUAUUACUCUACAAAGUAAUCUGAAGAAUCUUAUGUUGGAUUCUACGACUCAUAGAUCUAAUGUAGGUAUAAACCGUUUGGUGUUUCCGACUCUAGCUGUGGCGCCGCCUGUUAUUGUGGCUUUAUGUACGCACAAUAUUAAGUACCUCGUUGAAAUUACUGGUACUUACGCUGGUGUUAUCGUACAGUACGUUGUACCGACGAUACUCGUCAAUUACGCCAGAAAACAAUGUCUCAAAGAUUUUGGUUCGUGUUCACAUCAAUUCUCCAGCCCAUUUAGGCACCGAUUUUGGUACAUAUUCGUGAUUUCUUGGUCAAUUAUUUGUGUAAUAUUUGUAACUGUCGAUUUUGCUAUAAACAGAUGA